AUGGCCACCAACGGGGUCAACGGAACGAACGGUAUCAACGGUACACACACCAAGCAGGACUUUUCUUCUUUGAAAGUAAAUCAGUCACGACUUCUCGAUGCAAUACAUGCCGGCUGCAAGUACGGCGCUGCGCAUCGCUAUGGAGACCAUCCGACCGAGACUGGUAUGGCUAGAUUGAGCUUGAACGACGCCGACAAGCAAAUCCGAGACUGGUUCAUUGCAACAGCCGAGAAGUUGAACUGCACGACUAGCGUUGACCAGAUGGGCAACCUUUUUGCUGUACGCCCCGGUAAGAACUCUAAGGCGCCUCCGAUCAUGAUGGGAUCACACCUGGAUACGCAACCCACCGGUGGGCGCUACGACGGCAUUUUGGGCGUCAACUCGGGCCUGGAGGUUCUCAAAGUCUUACAUGAGAACAAUGUCGAGACCGAAGGAAGCAUCGGUGUGGUGAAUUGGACCAACGAAGAAGGUGCCAGGUUCCCCAUGAUGGCAGUCUCUUCCGGGGUAUGGGCAGAGGCGGUGCCUCUGGAGACGGCGUGGAACCUAGCUGAGGUCUCCCCGUCGGGCGAGGACGGGGAGAAGCGGACGAUGAAGCAGGAACUCGAGCGAAUCGGGUACCUGGGUGAACAGCCAGCAUCCUACAAAGCCUUCCCCAUGGCAUGUCACUUUGAGGUGCACAUCGAACAAGGGCCAACUCUCGAGAUUGAGAAGAGAAGAAUUGGUGUCGUCAAAGGUGUGCAGGCUUUCAAAUGGUUUGAAAUCACCGUCAAAGGCCGUGAUUCACAUGCUGGAACGACCCCUUUCCAUGCUCGAAUGGACUCGAUGCUUUGCGCCGCAAAGUUGAUUGUCGAGUCCAACAAAAUCUCCAAAGAGUAUGGAGGUCUAUCGACGACGGGAAUAUUGAAUGGCCUACCCGGUUCGAUAAACACCAUGGCCCAUACUGUGACCUUCACCCUUGACAUUCGGCACACCCAGGAUGACAAGCUUGCCGAGAUUGAAAAAGCAUGCAAGGCAGCAUUCUCAAGGAUUGCCGAGAAAGAGAGCGAGAAGGGAUGCAAGGUUGAGUGGAAGGAAUUGGUGGACAGUCCUGCUGUUAAUUUCCAUGCCGACUGCAUCGCUGCCGUCGAAGCCAGCGCCAAAGAGGUGGUACGAGACUUGCCUAUGACAGCAGAUGACGGCCAACUUUGGAAAUACAUGAUCAGCGGCGCAGGGCACGAUAGUUGCUAUACAAACCGCAGAUGCCCGACGAGCAUGAUCUUCACCCCAACCAAGGAUGGCAUCAGCCACAACCCUGUAGAAUAUUGCAGCCCGGAAGAUUGUGCCCUUGGAGCCCAAGUCCUGCUGGGUGCAGUCCUGAGAUACGACAAGAUGCGGGCUGAACGAGGCGACUUUGCUUGA